UCAUAUUUUAUACACAUUAUUGUCAAGUCAUACAGGAUCAUUUGCAUUAUUCAGUUCGGUUUCUGUGAUCCCCGAGCAGGCUGGCUCGCGCGUAAAGUUGACAAACCUGUCGGGCUGAAUUCACGGACAAUCCUAUAGUUUCAGCUACAUGUAGCCGUUCACUUAGUGUCGCUUCUGCUUUGCAUACGAACAUAAAACGAAGAGUGCAAUCAAGGACUCCGCCAAAUGCCAGUCUGAACCUGCCCAGAUACAGACAAGAGUCCGUAAGUUCAAUCAGAAAGGCGCCUUUCAAAUCAGGAUGGGCGCCAUUAAGUCUAAACAAUACAAAAAGACUCCUCAGGUUCUCCUCAUGGGCUUGGAUGCGGCUGGAAAAUCGACUUUGCUGUACAGGCAGCAGCGUGGUGUGGUGAUGGAGACCUCACCUACAGUGGGCUUCAAUGUUGCGACUGUAGAGCUGAACAAGAAGACCUCACUGACCGUGUGGGAUGUUGGGGGACAAGGAACUAUGAGGCCUAAUUGGAAAUACUACCUGGAGGGAUGUAAGGUCCUGGUUUUCGUGGUGGACAGCAGUGAUCGUGCCAGGAUGGGAGAAGCCCAGAAAGCCCUGAAGAAGAUUCUGAGUAAUGAGCAUUUGAAAGGAGUUCCCCUGAUGGUGCUGGCUAACAAGAAAGACCUGCCAAACUCUCCGACUGUUAGAGAGGUGUCUACAUUGCUGGAGCUGGAUAGUUACACAGAUCGAGUGUGGGAGAUCCAAGCUUGCAGCGCCCUGAAGGGACUGGGUCUCCAACAAGCCUUUCUCUCUAUAGCUAAGCUAAUGCACAAAGCAUAAGUAAGAUACUAAGCUAACUACGGAAUACAAUAACAAGCAAAAUGAAGAGGUUUGAUCAUGAUACUAUCAUACUAAAACUAGACCUAGAAUGUUAGGCAAAUAAUUGACUGAUUUAACUACUGCACUUGUUCACAGUUGCUGUAAAUAGUAUGUUUAUUUUUUUACUUGUCUUCAUGGUCUGCACUUCAAGCAUGUGUUCUGUAAUUACUGCAAACUUUUCCUUUGUAACUGAAUGCCAUGUUGCUGUGAUUUUGAUGAGAAUCCUGUCUUGUGAUGCAUACAUUUUGAUAUUGGAAAAUUUAUUGAGGAACAUUCAUAGAAAAUUGGGUGCUUUUAAAUGCAAUUUCAGUCUUAGGUAACACUUUACGAUAAGGUUCAAUUUGUCAAAUUUAGUUAACUACAUUAGUUAACAUGAACUACCAAUGGAAAUUUGUUAAAUAAUGUUAAUGCCAUCAUUCAUAUACAUCAUGGAUAUUUUGAUUUUGAAAAGCAGCUUAUGCAUUUGAGAUAAAACAUUGCCUUAUCACAAAUAGGUAAAUUCAUAUUUAGACUCAAAUGGAUUGGAUAUACAUUACAACUUUAUUUGGAAACUUUACAGAGUCGAAUCAGUAAGAAAUGGGGUGAUUUUAAAUUCAAUUUUUGUUUUCUAGGCAACACUUUCUACAUGUUCCAUUUGUUAACAUUCGUUAACUACAUUAGUUGCCAUGAACUAUCAAUAGAAAAUACAUCUAAAUAUUUAUCGAGCUCAGUUCAUGUUCAUUUGAACAUUUACACAUAAUAGUGUGUAAAUUAAAGUAAAAAGUUGUUUCUGUUAAUAUUAAUGGAUUUGAGUUAAUAAUAAACAGUUGUAUUUUUACUAACUUACAAAGAUUAAUAAAUACUGUAACAAAUUUAUUGCUCAUUG